AAAAAAACAACAACAAAAAAACAAACUAGCUCAAGAGCGAGGGAGAAGCUCCCUAUAUACUGUCUAACAAUUCGACAUUACAUACAUUUAACGAUAUCGUGCUUCCAUACAAUACUCAGGUUAGUCGUUGACUGUGAAUGUCAGUCGUUCUCGCAAACGUCCACUAGAAAUACACAACUAAACUGUAUAGAGAUUGUAUACUGGUUGUACGCGUCCCUUCGAUAAUUUUUCAUUUAUUGAGACCUCACCAGCAGUAGGUGAAGUACCACAAACCUUAGCACUUACGGCCGUAGCAGUGAGGGUUCUUUAAGGUGCCAAUGCCUGUCACGACACGGGACCUCCGUCUUUAAAGUCAUAUCCAAAAGAACCGUGAUUCUCACUUAUUAGUGCCGAACGUUUGGCGUAGGAGCAAUCACCACUAAUAUUUACGAUUUAGGCUUGACGAGACCAUGGCACGAGUGGGACUCGAAGUCACGACCGCCCGGUUACGAAGCGAACGCUCUACCACUGAGCUACCUUGAGAGUGUGACCGUUGAGACGAGCGAACACGGGUUUUCGUUGAUGACGAUAAAGAAGCCCUCUUUAUAGAUCGAUCACCACGUCAAUGAUGUGACACAAAUAAUGGGGAUACCAUCAUUAAUUAUCUUUUGUGCAUCUUUAGUUUCGUUUUCUUUGACGCAGAAUUCAGAUGUACCUCGCCGGUGUGUGAUUAUACAAGACAAACAAAAGUUAUCCUUGCCACGAGGUAGGCUCGUGAGUUUUUCUCUGGUUGGUAUUGAUGAUUAUUUGACAUGGAUUUUUAAAACAGACUACUCACCAAGGAAGACUUCCUGGAAGCACUCACUUUUUAUUCCAAGUUUCCUGACAACGGAAGACAAAGGGAAAUGUCGCACAUCAGAUAGACAAGCUUUACGAUGUGGUAAAACGGACGUCUUCAUCAAGCCUGAGUGUGUAUGUUCCUUUUAUAAUGUGUACGAGGCAAAGUAUCAUUCUCACACAGCUUGCCCGAGAGGACAAACUUCAGAUAACGUAACAAAGUUAAGAUGUCCUGAUUGUAAAAGAUACAGCUUAGAUAACAAUGGACCAUGCAUCAACGGUGGAAAUUUGACCUGUAAAAACGAUGAAGUGGCACCAAUGAUUGCAUGUGAUUGCCCUAGUGGGUUUUCAGGCAUGUUUUGUGAAAAUGAGAUGAUAAAGGUGACAAGGAUUUGUGAUAGGACUGAAGGUUCGGCCCAUCCUAAUUUGAACAAUUGUGACAUCACUAAAAAAGAAUGCCUUACCUACAGUGAAAACGAAUUAUAUGUUUUCAAAUGUAACGAAACUUCAACGAAAGAGGAGAAACAGGGAAGUCUGCCUCUCUGCCGUGAAGUGGAAAUCAUACUGAAGAGAGUGACGACAACAACAGAGGCAAACAACCCCAGUGAUCAGAAUUCUGCAUCAACAAGGUCUGCAUCAAGAGCUGAGACUGUUACUUCCUGUCCGAUAUUGAGUAUAUUAACCGGUCUAGUUUUGAAAAGUCUGCUGUAGAUCUUGGGGUAUUUGAAGUCACUUUGAACUUUUAUUCUGAUAAGGGAGAAAAAGAUAUGUAUGUAACGGAUUGACUGAAAAAAUUAACUUUAAAUCCAAUUUUCUACACAUUUUAGGAUAUUAUUUAAUUAAAACUUUAAAAUCCAAUUUUCUACAUGUUUUAGGAUAUUAUUGAAUUAACAUUAAUACAAUACUACUACAUUGACUACAAAUGAAGUAUAUCUAUUUUGUAAACUGCUACAUGUAUAUGGGGAUUGUGUAUUCAUUAAAUAAUAUAUAAAACUAAUUAUUUUGACACCCUAUCAUGUAAAAUGCUAAUCCAAUGGCCAAUAUUAAGCACAGAUGCAUGAUGGGAAAGAUUUUUCAGACGGCUAAGUUCUACUGAAUAUCAAGAAUCACUCAGGUUUACGAAUCCGUUACAGACUCGUGAUUUCUAUAUUUUGCUCAUUUUCAAUUGUGCCAAACACAGAAGGUAAAAUUAUUGUCAUUCCUCAAUGGAAAUAGUUACUGGUAUUACCAUUCUAGAUCUGGGGAAUAUCAUGACGUCAACUGAUCUCAGACUUCAAUGCAAACUCGCAUGUAAUUGUAAUUGUACAGAUAAUAAAAAUAGGAUAUCAGUACACGUUUAGAUUUAUAGUAUUACGGUUAGAGGUAUGAUAAUUAAAAGAGACGACCCCCCCCCCCCCCCCCACACACACACUCCCGAUCUUUCUCAAUAUUGUUACAUCAUGAUUCAACACAGCUCUGUGUAUUGAAUAUCCCCCUGCCGGUCGCGGUGGCUGACCUUCGCUGUGGACCUGGGAGGUCAUGGGUUCGAGUCCCACGUCACACGCGUAAGACAGUAUGUAGUGACGGAUCAUUUCGGUGGUAUAACACCGAGGAACGGCGAGAGGAACAGUUGUGGGACUUUCGGACAAGACUAGAAACCGGAGUCCCGUGUCGCGGUACACCUUGGCCCUAUAAGUAAAUAGACGGGUCUGUGCACCAUGCACAGAUCAAACUUUGUAACCCUUCAUCUACAGCCGGGGACGUCUCUUUAGGAAUUGUCAUACUGAGUGAAACAGACUUCUCAUAAGUUUCGUUAUGCCUUUCAUUUCUUAAUUCAUUUUUUCAUGAACUUGUUAUAUAUUUUAUGUUUUGUGUAAAUAUGUUUUAUUGGGUAUCUUUUAUAACCUUCAAAAUAAAGAAUGUUUUCGAGUU